ACAAUGGAAUAUUCUUCCCAAGGUGCUAGAAGGAAUCCCUCGAUUGAGCUCUGCGGUACAAGGUCAGAGUGAGUUCACUUCUCCUUUCGCAGGAGCAGUUCACGGAAGAGCUCUGAGAACCAUCCUGACGGCAAGAAACAUCUGGCAUCAUGAGCAGAACAUGCAUCCUAUGGCUACAGAGUUAAGGCAAGGGUUGAAUUCCGCGAGUCAAAAAAUAACCUUUUUCUGAGACCUGACGCUGUGGGGAAACCCGGGGACCCUGGCUGGGUUGUGCAGAAAACCAACCAGCGUGGCUGCCUCCUCUCCUUGGGCCAUCUCACGAGUCACUGGCUGAAGAUCGGGGCUGGGCAGCUGGUCCUGGCCUCUUUACUGCUCGGAACCAAAGAACAGGGACCUGACAGCUGCCCAUGGUGUCUGCCGCGGCCGUCUCUGGGGAUGGCAGCGAUGAGAAGGGCGCUCCUGCUCCUGCUCUAUGUCUCCCACGCAUCUGCCAGUUGCGGCAUCCAGAAAAGCAACAUUGCGGUCACUUCCGAGGAGGGUUUGGUCGAAGAGCAGGAGUUCCCGUGGGUGGUGUCGCUGCAGGAUUCCCAGUACACCCACCUGACUUUCGGCAGCAUCCUCAGUGAGUUCUGGAUCCUCAGCAUCGCGUCCACCUUUCAGAACAGGAAGGAUGCUGUGGCUAUAAUUGGUAUAGCUAAGAUGGAUGCAAAACUGAUUGCUCACGAAGAGUAUCCUAUCAACACCAUAAUCAUCCAUGAGGACUUCGACAAUAAGACAAUGAGAAAUAACAUAGCCCUCCUGAAGACAGACACGGCGAUGCAGUUCAACAGCCUGGUCCGGCCCAUCUGCUUCCUCGGCAGAAAGCUGAACAGGCCGCCACUCCUGCUGAACUGCUGGGUGGCAGGAUGGAACCCCACAUCUGCAACAGGAAAUCACAUGACAAUGAGUAUCCUGAGGAAAAUCUCCGUGAAAGACAUUGACUCGUGUCCCUUAAACAUAGGGCAGAAAACAGGAUGUGGCAACCACCUAGAGAUGGAGACCGACGCUGUCUGCUUGGGGGACCCGGGAAACCCAAUGAUGUGCCAGCUGAAGGAAAUGAGUCUGUGGGUGCUGAGAGGAAUCCUGUCCCAAGGAGGGGAGAAAUGCCCGGGCCUGUUCCUGUACAUCAGGGUGGAAGACUACAGCGACUGGAUCACGUCCAAAACCAGGAAGACCAGCUCUCCCCUGUCUUCCUUCCAUCACUGGGAGAACCCCAGCCCCUUACCCAGAUACUCAUCACGUGAUCUCGUGACACAGAGGAAACAGGCUAGGCUGAGCCAGCUUGCGUGGCCCCGACUAUCCUUCCAAGGACAAGAAAGCUCACAAUGGGCAAGGGGGCUUCCGGGCACACUGUACCGUAUGAAAAGGCUGCGGACUUAGUCAACGGAAAGACCCAUGUCAACUGUGUAAAUGCAUGGAAUCAGGUUCUGAGUGAUAUUAAAAUCCAUUAUUAUC